CAUCGACCUCAAGGAAUAAUGUGCUAAAAACGCUCACGCGGAACUUUGUUACUGCUGUCUCCCUUGUUUUCAGAAGAUCAAGCUUGGGUCUCACGUUUGCCUGCAGCCAUAAGACAAGGACCAAUACCUUGAACACAUGGAAACGUUUAACGAAACGGUGAUCUCAAAGACACAGAAAGGCUGAAUUCAUACUUAAAGCUUAAAAGGGAUCUCUAGCCAAAAUGUUCUGGAGGGUGUUCUUCUUAGCACUUGUCAUUGAUCCUACAUGUAGUAACCAGUGCUCCAGAGGCUACCCAGAAAUGAAACUUCGAGGGAUAAAAGACACGUGUCAGCGAAUUGGGAACGGAACUGGUUUUUCAUCGUUCAAAAUUAGAUGCCAUUACUAUAUCCAAAGAUAUUGUACGGUGUGGUGCAGAGACUUCGCUUAUUGUCUCGGGCAAUCUGUUCGAUGGCAGGAAAAAUGUGCUCGUAGGUUUAACAGACUCUUCCGUAGGGGACAUUGGACAAAUAUCAAGGUGCAUGCUGAAGGAAUUGGCACACCGUAUAACAUUCACGUCCAUUUCUGUGGGUGGGAAUGGUCCUACAAAGUCUAUACCAUUGAGAUAAAGCUCUUUGAUAUUGCAACGCAAGAUGACGAGCAGCAAAAAGGGAUGGACUCACCCAAAGAGGAUAUCCUCGAUUCUUUGCGGUCCAUUACUGAGCAUUUUACCCACGAGACUUGCAGCAAAAGUGAAAAUAAGAAGGACAAGAUAGAGGACAUGUUUCUUGAAUUGACCUCUUUGGAGACAUCUUUGUUGGAAAAAGCACAGCUUAACUUUCAUCGCACAACACCUGAAUUUAACAUGCGCAGCGUACACGUUGGUAAGGCAUUCUCUAAAGAUAAUAAGUGCGUUCAACAUCAUCAUUCUACCGAUUCAAGGGCUGACCAUGAAAGUAUGUUCAUUGUAUGGAACAACCUUAUUAUAAAAUUCAAGGGCGACGUACAUGUAAUACAAUUUUUUUGUUCUCACUGUUCAAUAUCUUUCGAAUAAAAACCUGACUAUUUUUUUCCAUCUUGAGAAGCGAUAGGUAACCUUUUUCGC